AUGACUGACGAUGAGUCACCUUCAAAUUUAAAUGAAGAUACAAAAACAAUCGAAAAACCGAUGCAAACAAUACAAACACAACAAAUAAGUACACCAAAUGAAUCAAUCUUCUAUUGGACACAUUUACUUUAUUUACCAUUUUUUGUUUUUCUUAUUAUUCAUGCAGAAAAUUUUUGGAAAUGGAUUGUUGGUCCAUUAUCAUUACUUUUACUUGAAAAAAUUCAUUCAAUUCUAACAAGAUAUUCAUCUGGAAAGGACAAAGUUGUUUGCACUGAGACAUGA